GGAAAAAAAGCAGCAUCGGCGGCCGUUGGGGGAAGAGAGUAAAUAGAGAGAGAAGCCUCAAGAUGGCUGACUCGCAGGGCAGUAUUCACCUCUCUGGAGCUGCCUCUGUUGCUACUACUCCUACUGUAGCCUCAGUUCAAAGCGCGCUCGGCAAGCCGACCGAGGCGAAAGGAACCCUUGACAACCACUCCCAGUCUUCCCGCGAUUUCAACCAGCCGCCGCCGCCCAAGAAGGUCCGAGUCGAAGAGAGGAGCGUUAAACCCAAGAAACUCAACAGGGACGGAGGAGUGGGAGGCAACGGUAGCGGUAAAGAGAAACUCCAGCAGCACACGAAGCUGCAGAGUUAUGGCAGCAGCUCGGGCUUGUGGAGCUGUAGUCCGGUUAAGACGGCCACCAGCAGCAGCAACAACAACCCGUCUCCGGUGGGUGCUACUGGUGGGUCCCAGACACCGAUAACCCAUCACAAAGUCUUUAAACAGAGCGAUUUCUUCCUCCACAAGGCACCUUCUUCUUCCAAAUCCAAGAAACUAAGUAAGGAUAAACAGCGAGAGAAAGAGAGGGAGAAGGGGAAAGGAGGCGUAGAGGAGAAAAAGAAACAUAAACUGUUGUUGACCUCCGGAUCUUGGACUACUGUUAAUAACGACGUCGGUAAAUUUAAUAACAUUUCUGCAGCGAAGAAAGAAAAUGGAGAUGUCACGUUGCCACCAAAAGAUCACUCCACCAAGGACAAGGCGAAGGAGAGGGAGCGAGAGGAGAGGGAGAAGAAGAAGGUCAAAGAGCGAGAGAAAGAAAAGGAGAAGAAGAAGCACAAAGUGAUGAAUGAGAUCAAGAGGGAGAAUGGAGAAGUCAAGCAGCCGAUUAAAGAUGACAAAGAGAAAGCCAAGAUCAACUCAGAGGAGCUGCAAAUCAAAAAAGUGAAGAAGAAAAAGAAGAAGAAACACAAAGAAGGGGAGAAGCACAAGCGUGUGAAGAUGUACCACCGGUCCUGCCAAACCAUCUGUGCUGGCCUGCUUCUCCUCCCUCCCUCCUCUACGUCCCCCACCUCGUCUUCCUCCCCCUCUGAACUAAAACACGACUCCUCCCUAUCUUUAUUUAAGUCCCCUCUACCUGUUUAUCCUCCACCUAACAACAAAAGCUCCCAUCUCCCGCCCUCUUCUCCUUCGAAAUCUCACCUGAACUCUCUUCACAACUCACUUAACUCUCCGUUGUCGUCCACCACGUCACCUCUUUCCUCCCCAACCAAACACCAACCACAAUGCUCGUAUCCUGGUAUGGCGGAUCUGGAGUUUGCCUCGUACAUUCACGUAGAAAACCAGCCUAACGGAGGCGCCUUAGUGGCUCACGCCUACACGUCGCAGCUCUCCUCUCUCUCAGUGGACCAGAGGGAAAGGUUUGCUCAGGAGUUUGUCACGUUGGUGUUCAGUGAGGACGCGUCCCAGGCUGCUCGUUAUGUCAUGGGAAUCGUCCACGGAGAAGCCAAGUACCUGCCGGACUUCUUGGACUACUUCUCAACCAAGUUUCCGUCGGCUCCGGUGAAAAUGGAAAUAAUUGGAAAGAAAGACAUAGAAACCACGACUAUGGCUAAUUUCUACUCUCAGGUGAAGAAAACCUACAGUCAUGGCACAUACAGAGCUGGGGCCAUGAGACAGAUUAGCCUGGUGGGAGCUGUGGACGAGGAGGUCGGCGAUUAUUUCCCAGAAUUCCUCAGCAUGCUGGAAGAGUCACCUUUCCUCAAGAGGACUCUUCCAUGGGGAACGUUUUCCAGUCUGAGGCUGAUGAGUCCCACAGAGAGCGACGACGGUCCUAUAAUGUGGGUCAGACCAGGAGAGCAGAUGAUACCUGUAGCUGAUAUACCAAAGUCUCCUUUUAAAAGAAAACGCUCCGCAAAUGAGGUGAAGAACCUGCUUCAGUCCCUGCCCAGGACCAGCGAGCCCAGAGAGAUGCUGUUCGAGGAUCGGACACGAGCCCACGCCGAUCACAUCGGACAGGGUUUCGAGCGCCAAACCACGGCGGCCGUGGGGGUGCUGAAGGCCGUAUGCUCCGUAGAAAGCUUGGAGCCUCCUCGUGUAACCAAAGAUGUUGUGUGUUUCCACGCUGGUGAUUUCCCUUAUGUAGUUCAGAGGCUGCAGUUGGACUUACAUGAACCCCCGCUGUCUCAGUGUGUGCAGUGGGUGGACGACGCCAAACUAAACCAGCUGCGGCGGGAAGGCGUUCGUUAUGCUCGCAUCCGCCUGUGCCACGAUGACAUCUACUUCAUCCCCCGCAAUGUGAUCCACCAGUUCAAGACAGUUUCUGCUGUCUGCAGCCUGGCAUGGCAUGUCCGCCUCCUGCAGUACCACAAGGGAGAAGGGGGGGAGGAGGAGCAGAAGGAGAAGGUUGAGCUGAAAGCGGAAGAGACUGAAUCGGUUUUUGAGGGGGGAAAGGAGGAUGAGAAGAAGAGGAUAAAGGAGGAGGAUGUUGAAGUUGAGGUGGCAGAAAGCAGGACGUUGCCAACUGGCAGAAAGGAGGAGGACGAUGAUUGCCUUCAGCAUCCACCUCCCCCGUCCCAGCCUGCUCUCUCAGCGCACUCAGACAAACAGGAGGUGAUGGAGAGGGCAGCUGAAGAGGGAGGGCCUAAACGGCAGGAUUCACCUCCUACAAAGGUGAAGGCAGAAUCUCCAGCUCCUGCCUGCAAGAAUAAAUCACCUCCACCUCGCACUAUGUCCCCUCCUGCGUUCCUUCCUCUUGAUCGGGACACAGAACCCAAAAUAUCAUCUAAACCUCAUCACCACCACCAUCAUCUCUUAGACAGCAGAACAACGUCUUCCAGUAGAAGUUCCUCCUCUUCAGCUUCUCCGAAAUCAUCCCCAAAGUCUUCCACCUCGUCAGCGUUUUCACCUUCACCUGUCGCAAGCUUGCACUCGACUUUUGCAGCUUCCCAUCCAUCUUCUACCUCUUCUUCUUCCUCGUCCUCCUCUGCUGUGGUGUCCACAUCUUCCCCUCUGCCAGCUUCCUCUUCAUCCCUGACAAGUCUCAAGCCUGCAGUGGAAUCUCUUCUCUCCACACUUCCUCCUUCUUCUCAGCCUCUUCCUUCCUCGGAGUCAGAUCAACCCAAGGACAAAGACUCGCUCCCCGUCACAGACACACGGACACAGGGGUGGUCACAGGGGUCGCCCACUGUGGAUGUAAAGACACACCCCUCCGAAAUCAACACAUGGACUUACACAGGGAUCGACAUACGGACACAAACACGCCCAGAGGCACGGACUCACACUUUAGACUCAGACUCCAGGACAUCCGUGGAUUUGCCAAUACAUCCACCACAGGACGCCUCGAGGCAAGGAAACUACAUGCAGCAAUAUACACCCCAGCAUCUCCCACCUCCUCCCCUCCCUCAGAUGCUUCCCCUCUCUUUCUCCCCUCUCCUGCCGCAUUCCCACGUCCCUCACAGACCUCCAGGGCUCCCCCAAAACACCCUCUCCAGUCCUUCACUUCCCACACAGCCUCAAACGCUAAACUCUUUUCUCACCCAGAAAGCACCGCCACAUUCGGUCCACCUGAGCCCGCUUCACCUGCAUCACCAACCAAAUAUCACCACACAGUCCCAGCCGUACUUCCAGCCCCCACUAAUGGCCUCCCCUCCUCUAAGCUCUCCCCUCACUAACACCCAGUCUCUCUCCCCUCACCUUUCCCAUCCACACCAGUUCGCCAAAACCUUCUUCCCCGCCCAGCAUCCCGGCUUCACCUCCCACCCCUUCCUCCCCCCUCAGCCUUUCCUCUCGCAGCCGCCGGGUGCUUACCCCCUACAACCGCAAUACCAGACCUCAGCAUCCAUGCAGGUUCAGCUCUCCCUGUCACAGUCUUUCCCUCACCCACCUCCUCCUCCACUGCCAUCCUCCUCCCCACACCCCCCUCCCCCUCUUCCUCCUCACCCACCACCUCAACCUCGCCCUGCUGUUUUCCCCCCACCCCCAAACCACGAAGAGGAGCCGAAGCAGAUUUUAUAAUAGUUUUUGUACAUAAUGAAACUCUUUUUAAAUGACUGUAUACGUAUAAGGUUUCAUUUUGGUUGUGCUGUUGUAAAACAAUGUAAAAUAAAUAACUAAAGAGGGAGAAAGCAGACACAGUAUCAUAGUUUAUCAAGCAGCGUUGGACUCGAUAUAACCCACACCUCUGGACUGAACUGGCUUAGAUUGUACAGAUGCUUUGGUCGUGCACAGGUUAAAAAGUGUGAUGGAGAAUUUCUUUCAUUUACAGGUAGCUUUGGCCUUUAGCCAUCUGAACUCUGAAGGAGAGAUUAUUCAGGCUCAAAUGAGCCUUGUCGUCUGCCAAACUGCUGUCUGGCUCUGUUUUUUUGUUUUGUUUUGUUUUUAAGUGAAGUGAGCAUAACUCCUUUCAAACAUCAGAUUAUCUGUGAGCCUGUCAGAUGUAGGAAGAGAAGAUUUCUCCAGACUUGUGUCAGAUAUUUAUAUAAAUAUAGAAUAAAGGUUGUAAGUGUGGCCUUUUCGUGAAACUUGCAGCUAAUGCUUCCAUUUUUGUGGCUUUUUUUUGCUCGUAUGUUCUCCGUGCCCAAGACUGUUUCUGAAAUAAUGAUGGAUCACCGCUGGUGUAUUGAUUUAAUGUUCCUACACUUCAUUACUGUACUGUACUAUACAGUCUAUCACAGUACUUUUCCCUAAUAUUGUAUUUAGAGCUAUAAUGCUAUAAUGUUGCCGUAGUUUUUUUAAUGCUACUCAACAUUAUCUGAGCUCCAGCAUGCAGUAGAACUGCAUUCAGUCAGGCCACUAAGAGUCACAUUUUCAAAGUACUGAGGUUGUCCUGUGCUGGCUGCCCUUAACGCCACAGUGGGCAGAGCUCUUUGUGUAAUUUUGCUGCUUUCCUUUUUUUGUUUUUCGCCCGUCUCCUGGAUGUGUGCCAGGGUUUCUUAAUUUUGAGAACAAGUUUUGUGAACAAACUCGACCCAGGGCCUCCAGAAGUCUCAGGAAAACGCAUUCAGGGCACAUCCUGAACCUCGAUUUUUAUCCCCUUAACCGGAUCUGUGUGUUUUAUUAACAAGCAGCUACGUUGACAGCUCACUGUGAGCUAGGAUUCAAAGAGCAAUAUCAUACAGAUGCAGCAUAGCCAAGACAUCCCAAACGUGACUCAUCAAAGCAGUUUUAGUGUGUGUGAAAAUGCAGUUGGUAUUAUUGUGGAAACUUUGAGUCGAGACUUGCAGAUUCCAUUAGAUUAUCCACAGGGCAAUUUCAGGUUCUUCCAAGACUCUAACUUCAGUGCAUUCAGGCUCACUUUUUAUUUAUUUUUUUUAUUUACACUUCGAAAACAGACGGUACGCUGUCAAGAGCUCGUUUCCAAAGCACUAUUUAUCUAUUUACCUGAAGUCUGCUUUCUCUACAGUGUGGAGUCUAUGAAAUGUUUUAUUUAUGAACCACAGACUGAAGUGUUUAAAAGUACAGUAAAUUAUUUUAAGUGGAAUUUUUAGCAGCGCCUAUGAAGAAUAUAUGUUUCUCCAAAUAUCUGAUCAUGAGAGUCAAACUCGUCUGUCUCGGUGCAUGUCACAGAGUUGUGUAUCUUUGUUGGUGUCUUGAUUUUUUUUUUUUUUGUCUUUUUUGUUUUUUACUAUCGAUAUUGCUAAUGUAGCCCACAUUUCCCCAGUGCCUGUCCUUAACUGUGAAAUACUAAAUGGUCCAGAGACAUACAGUGAAGGGGUCUUAGUUUUAACUGGAAAAUCAGAGCAAAGCCUUAAAUUGGUGUCUAAAGCCGCUGAAAGCUCUCCAAACAUCUGCAGUCUGAGGUCGGAGGGUUCAGCAGUGUUCAGAAGGUUUUUUGGGUUUCUUUUCCUUAAUGAUUCGUUUCACCACAAGCCUGAAAAUUUUUGGAAAAUGACAGAUAACGCCUUAGCUUUUUGUCGUCAGUUUGCCUCAACGGAGUUCACAGUGAGAACUCUCCACUGUAUGGCUCUGGGGGAGAGCAAGGUGAUAAUUAAGCACUUGAUAACAGUUGUGAGGCGCUAUGCCGCUCUUUUUACGCUUUUUGGCUUUUGGAUGUUACAGAAACACGACAGGAACUUCUAUAUUUUUUUGUAGAAAUGUGACAAAAAAAUUAUGGCUGAAAACAAAAAGUCUUCAGGGGCUAGAAUUGUUUUCACAGAGUUUAUUUAUCUCGUUUUUCUUUGUUUGUUUGUUUUCUGUUAUUUUUAACUGUCAGCACUGUAGUGUACAUAAUGAGUUUUGUAAAGGGGAAAGAAAUACUUGUAGUGUGGUUUCUACUUUAAAUAUGAGCCUAGCUAAUAAAAGGUUCAAUGUA